AUGCCCAUCACAAUCCUCAAGCCUCAGCCUCCCGCGCCUCGAAGGCCACAGGCAGCGGCCAAUUCAGACUCUGACUCUGAUUCUGAGGGCGGCGCGGACGUUGGCGGCGAUGGCAUCCUCACACCAGGCAGCGUGAUAACGUCGAAUCCCCAGUGGAUGCGCGGACACGGCACCUACAUCCCUUCUGGCUCAUCAUCAAUCACAUCCUCCCUCGCUGGAACCCUCACAAAGACAAACAAGCUCCUAUCGGUGCGUCCUCUGCGCGCCCGCUACACCCCCGAGAUUGGAGACCUUGUCGUCGGCCGCAUCGUCGAGGUCCAGGCCAAGCGCUGGCGCGUCGACGUGGCCGCCUCACAGCUCGCCAUCCUCCAGAUCUCGGCCAUCAACCUCCCUGGCGGUAUCCUCCGCAAGCGCACCGAGACGGACGAGCUGCAGAUUCGCAGCUUUUUCGCCGAGGGUGACCUCGUCGUCGCGGAGGUCCAGCAGCUGCACCAGGACGGCGCUGCUAGUCUGCACACCCGCAGUCUCAAGUACGGCAAGCUCCGCAACGGUGUCUUUGUCUCCGUCACGGGCACUGGCGGAGGCGGCGGUGUCGUCCGCGCCAAGAGGCAGGUCUGGACCAUGGACGUGGCCAACGCUGGCGGCAAGGUCGACGUGCUGCUCGGUGUCAACGGGUACAUCUGGAUCAGCAAGCACAUUGAGAGCGACGUUGCUGCUGAGGCUGCCGGCAUCAACCGCAUGGAGGAGAGCGUCAGCAGCAAGGUCUACUCGAGCCAGAACGACCCCAUGGAGGUGUCGACCAUGCGUGAGAUUGCGAGGAUCCGCAGUGUCAUCCUCGCUCUUGUCGAGAACGGGCUCAAGGUCGAUGAAGAUAUGGUUACAAGGGGCUACAGCGAAGCCGUGGAUCUGGCAAGGGAAUCUACAGACGACGACCUGUAUCUGGGUGGCGACAAGGGACGCCGUCUGGCAGCAACUUUGACUGGUCACUAA